AUGGCAUCUUUGGUCAUUGUAUCUCGCGUCUUCCCCACUUGGAGACGCGUCUCCAAAAAACCAUUCAACUCACGCGUUCUUCUCGUUUUAGGUGGUAAGGGUGGUAAGGGUCUCGGCAAGGGUGGCGCCAAGCGUCACCGCAAGAUUUUGCGUGACAACAUCCAGGGUAUCACCAAGCCCGCUAUCCGCCGUCUCGCUCGCCGUGGUGGUGUUAAGCGUAUCUCCGCCAUGAUCUACGAGGAGACCCGUGGUGUUCUCAAGACCUUCCUUGAGGGUGUUAUCCGUGAUGCUGUCACCUACACUGAGCACGCCAAGCGCAAGACUGUCACUUCUCUUGACGUUGUCUACGCUCUCAAGCGCCAGGGCCGUACCCUCUACGGUUUCGGUGGUUAA